GGAGGGAGCAGGGCGGGCGGCGGGGAGGGAGGAGAAGGCAAGCAAGAAAGUAGCAGAAAGUGAGGCUGGCAGCCGGCGGCAAAGGAGCCGGGCGAGCGGCGGCGGCAGGAAGUCUGUGCCCGAGACGCGCAGAAUUAAGAGCCAGGGAGGGACCGCGGCGGCGGCGGCGAGAGUGAAAGAGGAAACUGCAGAAGAGGAAGCUCUGCCGCAGCACCAAGUCUCCUCCGGCUCCCGCGCCGAGCAUCCCUGCGCCGCCCGCCCAGCCCUCCGGGACCGGCGCGCCGCCGCCCGCGUUCCCGCUGCGCCCGCGCCGCCGCCCCCCGCGCCCCCGGCCGCCCCUUCCUCGCGCGCCCACCCCGGCCCCCCGCGCCCCCGGCCGCUCCGCCUCGCCGCCCUCGGCGCACGCCGCCCUCGUCUGCCAUGGCCCGGGAGAACGGCGAGAGCAGCUCCUCCUGGAAAAAGCAAGCUGAAGACAUCAAGAAAAUCUUCGAGUUCAAGGAGACCCUCGGAACCGGGGCGUUUUCUGAAGUGGUCUUAGCUGAAGAGAAGGCAACUGGAAAACUCUUUGCGGUGAAGUGUAUCCCCAAGAAGGCACUGAAGGGCAAAGAAAGCAGCAUAGAGAAUGAGAUCGCGGUCCUGAGAAAGAUUAAGCAUGAAAACAUUGUGGCCCUGGAGGACAUCUAUGAAAGCCCAAAUCACUUGUACUUGGUCAUGCAGCUUGUAUCUGGUGGAGAGCUGUUUGACCGGAUAGUGGAGAAGGGAUUUUACACAGAAAAAGAUGCCAGCACUCUGAUCCGCCAGGUCUUGGAUGCUGUCUACUAUCUCCAUAGAAUGGGCAUCGUCCACAGGGACCUCAAGCCUGAGAACCUGCUGUACUACAGCCAAGAUGAGGAGUCCAAAAUCAUGAUCAGUGACUUUGGAUUGUCCAAAAUGGAGGGCAAAGGAGACGUGAUGUCCACAGCCUGUGGGACCCCGGGCUAUGUCGCUCCCGAGGUCCUCGCCCAGAAGCCCUAUAGCAAAGCUGUCGACUGCUGGUCCAUCGGGGUGAUUGCCUAUAUCUUGCUCUGUGGCUACCCGCCUUUCUACGACGAAAAUGACUCCAAGCUCUUUGAGCAGAUUCUCAAGGCAGAAUAUGAGUUCGACUCCCCCUACUGGGAUGACAUCUCUGACUCUGCAAAAGACUUCAUCCGGAACCUGAUGGAGAGAGAUCCAAAUAAAAGAUACACGUGUGAACAAGCGGCUCGGCACCCGUGGAUCGCUGGUGACACAGCCCUCAGCAAAAACAUCCAUGAGUCCGUCAGCGCCCAGAUCCGGAAGAACUUCGCCAAAAGCAAGUGGAGACAAGCGUUUAAUGCCACGGCCGUCGUGAGACAUAUGAGAAAACUGCAUCUUGGCAGCAGCCUGGACAGUUCAAAUGCAAGUGUUUCGAGCAGCCUCAGUCUGGCCAGCCAAAAAGAUUGUCUGGCACCCUCCACGCUCUGUAGUUUCAUGUCCUCUUCAUCAGGGGUCUCCGGAGUGGGAGCGGAUCGGAGGCCGAGGCCCACCACUGUGACGACCGUACACUCUGGAAGCAAGUGACUGGCCCCGGAGGUGGGGCCCAGGGGGCGGGGCCAGGGAGGGGGCCACCCGCGCCACCAGCCCCUGCAGAGCGAUCCCACCUUGCAUGGUGCGCCUCCUGCACAGGACUGGAAGACAGAAGUUUUUUUAUGGCCAUAUUUUAUACUGCAAUUCUGAAGUGUUCAUUUCUCACAAACUGUACUGACUCAAGGGAGCUGAUUUAAUAGGAUCUGGUGCUGUAUAUAUGAAUCUCGCAAAAGCUCUAGCAGAACGGACUUUCUUAGCUCCUCUCCCCAAGCCCUGUUGUUUCCGCUCUUCUCAGUAGAGGUAACCAUCUGUGUUGUACUUUUUCAUUCAUGACAAAAAAAGGUUUCAACUGGAUUAUUUAAGUAUCGGUAAAUAUUGUGCAUUAGGGUUUAUUUUUGGUUUUUUUUUUUUUUUUUUUUUUUUGCUUUUAAGAAAUAUGUCCUUUCGCGCUAUACGUCUUACUUCUGUGACCUACUUUUGCUUUUGCUUGUUGGUAGUAGAAUUUUAUGUUAACUUUAAGAGAUUUUUUUUUCCCCUCUGAAGGGAAUUUUAAAGUAUUUUUUAAAAUUCUAAUAAGAGGAUCGGUCGAGAAUCUGUCUCCAAGGUGAAGAGUGCACUUUACUUCAAUUCCUUCUCCUCCUCUCCCCUUCUUCCUCGGAGGGGCAGCUCUCUGAGAAGACAGCUCAGCCCUUCUGUAGGCCUGUCUUCUCCCUG